UUUUUCGACAAUGCUCCCUCCCUUACCACCGUGGAUGUAUAUUGUAAACUGUAACGUGUUGUUUGGAUAUGUUGUAUAUAACAUACUGUGAUUGGCGUUUGAUAUACCUUAUAUAAAGUUCCUUAUUGUUUAGAAAAACUGGUUUAGAAAACUUUUGUUGGUGUAAGCUGCACGUUAUGUGUGUAACCAUGUGUAAUUUUCUUAGAUUUGGUAUGUAGGUUAUAAAUGGUGUAACAAUCGUUAUGUAUAUGAUGUAUGAUUGGACGGAUGUAUUAGAGCCCUCAAGUCACAAAAAAUCGAGUCAACAACUGUAUUGACCUUUGGUGACUUGUUUUAUUCUAUUUUCAAAUAAGUUUAUUAUGGAGGAUCUUAAUUCAAAGUAAUUAAGAAAUUAUUUGAAGAAGGGACAUGGCUGAACAAACCAGUGAUCUUUAUGAGCAACAGUUGCUUGCUGUAUUUGAAAGCUGUUUAUCAGAAGGAAAAAAUGAACUUGAUGAAAGUGAUUUGUUGUCCAUUUGUUCAAAAUUACAUCUGGAUGAAUCAAUUGAAGAAUUAAAGUCAUGCAUUUCUAAAUAUCAUCCAGAUAAACAAACCAUAUCUUUCCAGGAAUUUCGAGAUGGUUUAUUAGUUUUGUUGAAAAAAUUCCAAGGAUUAAUAACUGAAAAACAACACAUUGUGUCACCAUGUUAUAAUUUAAACGCCUGCAAUUUUGAUACUGAAGAAAGCAAAGUCUUGCCAUUGGUCAAUACUUCCUUAAAGAUUUAUUUUCAGGAAACUGAUGUUCCAAUGGACGAGAAUAGAUUAAUGCAUUUAUGGGAAAAAAUUAAUGUUUGCUUAAAGGAAAACGCAGAUCCUAUAACAAUACAAUUUAUAUCAGGCUGUUUAGGAAUUCCACAGCUACCAAAACAAAUAAUGAAAUCUCUAUUUGCAAGACUUGAUCAGAAUUGUGACGGAUUAAUAAGUUUUGAUGAAUUUGUAGUUAUAUUUCAAAAUAGAAGAACUAUAGAAGCCUUGCAAGAGAAUAGCGCAUCUUAUAGCAGAAAUGUAAAUAUAUUAGAUUUUAAUGAAUAUAAAUCUGAAAGUAAUUCGAUACAGGCUAACAGAGCUUUAGCUAAGGGAAAUGUUGCUGGUGUUUCAAAUAUAUCUGUACUGUCAUCCAAUGACGGAGAUCUUAAUACUUUGGACAGCAUUAUGGAUAUAGUAAAUGUCAUAUCUGACGAACUAAAAACUUGGAAUGAUUCAGUAGAUAGAAACACUGUUCAAUCUCAUAUUAGCUUAUUGCGAGAAACUAUUAUUGCUCAUCAAGAUGUGCAGCGUAAUUUGACUUCUGUAAUAGAGAAUAUGAAAGCUGAGAAAGAGAAGAUGCGUAUCGACAUCGUAGAAGCUAACGAGCGGGCCAAUUUGUUAGCGCAGGAAAUUGACGAAUAUCAAGUUCAAUUAGAAAAAACUAAGGAAACUCUGCACAGACAGAGCGAACAACGUUAUGCCGAAAUUACAAAAGAAUUGUCAGAUCAACUAAAUAUUGAACGAGAGAUGGAUGCAGCAGCUUUAAAAUCAAAAGACGAUCAAUUGCAGACCUUGCAUAAAGAAAAUCACGAGAUGAAAAACAAAAUUGUAAAUAUACUGCAAGAGAAUCAAAUGCUCGAAGCGGAAAAUAAGACUCUGCUUAAUCAAAUUAAAAAAUUGCGCCAAUCUAAUAACGAUUUGUUAAAUCGGAUUAAAAUGUUGGACGCGGAACAAGAUGACAUACGAACUAUUGAGGCAAAACAACAGGAACAAGUUGAUUUCUUCGUCGAUCGUAUCAAACAGUUGCAGUCGGAAGUGACUCUCUUACGAGAUCAAAACGACGAACUGAAUUCCGAAUUGGAAACUUUUAAAUAUCAUACCAAAGAUAAACAAUAUGAAGCAUCUUCGUGUUUAGCUUAUGAUUUGCAAUUAAAUGAAAAUUUAGAUAAAAAUCUUAUCACGACACAAGAGUUUGAAGUGAAUGAAGAACAGAUCGAUACAUCAAAUUCUAACGCAACGGAAUAUAAAAGAUUUAGAGAUAUGGUUAUGAAAGAUCUGGAAAAUAUAUUAUUGACAGGUUCAAAAUGCAUAUCAGAAAAGUGCGCUUUGCGGGAUAAUAUAGCAAAAUUAAUUGCCAAUUUGCAAUCGAACAUUACGCACCUACGUUGGUCCACGCGUACUUUGGAAAAAAGUAUAGCGUCCGAACUCGAGAUGGAAUGUGAAGAACGAGCUAACGAAUCCUUGCGAGAUUUCGUCGUUUCAAAAGUAUCAAAAUUACCUUCCAUUAAAUGUCCAGCAAGAUCGAACAGCAAGGAAGAUUUAUUAAAUGAUAUUAUUGAUCACGACGUGAAAACUGGUACGCAAAGUAAAACAAGUCUUAGAGAUUAUCCGCCGCGAAAAGAGGAACAUUCUGCAGAACAGUGCAGAGCUAAUAAGGAAAAAAAUGAUUCUUCAAACGUUGUUGAAGUCGGGAACGUCCUUAAGACGACAAACGUAGGAUCAUUGGAGAUUGAGAAGAAACAAUUGGUCGAACGUUGUCAAGAACUCGAACGAAGCUUGGACUUACUUAGAGCAGAAUAUGAAGAAUGCGAGGAUUAUUGGGCUGCCAAGUUGGAAGAGGAAAGACAACUCUUUGAAAAGGAACAAAAGCUAAGUGAUGACAAACUUGUUGAGCUCAUUGAUAAAAUAGCAGAGUACGAAGAGUUAAUUAGCCCUUCGGAUAAAACUAAAAAUAAUGGACGAUUGUCUCCGAUAGAGGAAAAGUGUAACUUGGAACAACAGUAUAUAGAUCUUGAAGAAGAACUUAAGAAAUGGAAAAUAAAGACUGACGAAGAAAUUUCUCAGAAAAAUACAGAGAUUUGUGAUUUGCACGAAAAAUUAAAAGCGAUAAUCCAUCCGGAAACAAGUGACUCCUACGUACAAGUUCCAGACGAAAUGUUUAUACCAAUAUUGUCAGAUUCGUCGCAUUGCAAGUCUCCCAGCUCUUCUAAUAUUCUAUCGUCUAACGAACCGUUUGUAAAUCAAACGUAUCUUACCUCGAUGAGAUUUCCAUUGUCUAACGAUCCUAAUAGGCUGUUAAAACAAGAAGACUGUGACGACGAUCAUAACUUAUAUGAUACUCACAUUGAAUGUUCAAUGAAAGGAAAGAGAGAUAUGAACAAAGAACAGAAAAUGCAAGUAUAUCAAUAUAGUUCACACAUAGAUGUCAAAACUAUGUCAAAAAUGAGAAAGAAAGAUAAUUGUCAGUCAGAAUUCAAAAUGAUACAUAAUGUAACGAAAGAAACCACUUGUCCGUACGUGCCGAGUGAUGCCGAUUUGAAUGCAAGCUUGAAAAUGAAGCUUUAUUUACAAGAACGCAAAACGCGGCAUUUGCAGCAUCGUGUUAAGCAACAACGGCAAUAUGUUGAAAAAUUAUUGCAACGUAUUAUUGCGCAACAUCAAGCAGAAGUAGGCGAAUUACAGUGUCUUCUCCGUCAUACUCAGAAAAGGCUUCAAAUGCAAGUUGAAACAACCGUUGAUCAGGCUGAUAGAUUGGCUAAUGCCGACAUGCUGGUGAAGGAUUUAUACAUCGAAAAUGCAUGUUUAACGGCACAUAUGCAGCGCUUACAAGAACAGUGUCUUGUCUUAACCGGCCUCGAUGUGGGAACUACCGCUUCGAUGUGAUGUUUAUAUAGACGUUAUGAUUAUUAUGUUAAAUUAACACAUUGUAUGAUUAAUUUCGCGUUAUUUAUUUUGUUAGAUAAGAUUAGUAAGGAUACGCAAGUAAUAUCGCAAACUCGCGGUAUAACUCAGGGAUGUGUGAAAAGAUGUAUAUUGCAUUACAAGUGCCUUUAUUAUAUUUCUUCAAUAUAUCUUCAAUAUAUUAAAAGAAUUAUUGUUAUUUCAUAGUUAUUAUA